GUUAGCAGCGUAUCUUUUUGUCCACACGGGGCUCGGCCCUCGCGGACAAUACAGGGAUUCAUUAAGAAAAGCAGCGUAACCCGGCAGUCAGCAUGUGGUUUAUCGAAGACAUCUCGCACGUAUGUAACGUGUCACAGCAUGCCUCUCCUAUAUACAUGGCCCUGGUGCGUGCUCGAGCUCCCCUACUCCCCCCUCUUAGCUCCUUGUCCCCUCACUUGUGCAGGCUCAUCGCUCGCGAUCGCGCACAUUGCCAUCAUGGAGGACAAGAUCAUGAUCGCGUCCGAUCACCAGCCUACCCGUUCCUCUCCUCCCGUUGACGACAUUCCACGCACACAAGUCGCGCAAUGGCGUGCAGAUGGGCAGACUGACGACGACGAAUCGGGUGCCGAUAGACGGAGCGGCGACGACUCGAGAAGACCUGCCUCUGUGCAGAGCAGCUUUCUAUCGACCCCCGAUGCUGAUCGCUUUCCGAUCGAGGUCUUCGAGAACAUCAUCGACCGAAUGGACAACCAGUACACGUUGUAUCAAGCGACGCAGGUUUGCGCGGCAUGGUAUCCUCGAGCCAUGCGCAACCUUUACUACACCAUCCAUAUCCGCAGACGCAGAAGUUUCGACAUGUUGUCCACGCAGUUGCGUGCGUCUCCGCGUGUCAAGCAGUGGCUCGCAACCACGCGCGAGCUGCGAGUCGCAGAUGAUGAUUUUGGUGGCGGUGGCAGAAAUCCUCGCUUUCUUGAUGCAGUACCCCCUGCCCUUGGCCGCGCAAUGUCCAGAGUGCAGCGUCUUGCAAUCAAUAGGCUGCAUAGAGACGUGCACAUGACAUUUUUCCCCGCCCUAUCGCAGUUCUCGUCCAUCGAGUCACUGGAACUCUCCUGGCGUUCGCUGAACCUCUCGCAGCUUCGGCGGAUCAUAUAUAAAUUCCCUCGGCUUACAACACUCGCACUUAUAGAUAUAACAGACACUCAACACUCCACUGUCAGCUCUGUGGGGGUUACAUCCUUUCGCCCACCAUCUGACAUACAUCUGCGUCGUCUUUCUAUCAAGAAUACUUUGAGCGGGAAAACCAAGGUCAUCGACUGGAUAGCGCAGUCAGGCCUCUGCAUCUCCCUCGAGGACCUGACAGUCUGUGUUGAUUGUAAAUCCUCGCGGGAAGGCAAUAAUAUUAGCGCACUCCUCAAAGCCGCAGGGUCUUCCUUAACUCGAUUACAGUGUCACUAUAUCCACGGCGACCUAGUGCAGAAUACCGCUUUGCGAUCCUUGGAUCUCGUUUUCCAUCUCAGUGAGGCCGUAGAAAGAGUUGGGUCGCUCGACUCGGAUGGGUCGCUCUAUGCGAUACUAGAGGACCAGUUAUACGGCGUCCUCUCCACUGUCCGAAGCCACCAGCUCGAGCACAUCGAGAUCACGACUUCUGUUCACAGAAGCCUCUGGGGGUUUAGCUCUCUCAUCGCGGCCGUCAAAUCCGCCGUCAUGUACGCCAAUUCCCCCGGGUCACGGGCGCUACACAAGGUCAUGAGCCAGCCGCGCUUCAACGCCCUGAAGAAUGUCAAAGUGACGAUACAGACGCAGCAUAAGACGCUCGACAUGAAGUUGGCUGAUUCCAAGGAUCUCGAUCGUGCCGUGUUUCGGCAGCUUCUCCGGCCGUGGUCUGACCGCGGUAUAAUCAAACGCGUCAACGCGGCGUAUACGCAUACGUGUGCGAGUUGCUUUGCGUGAAUAGGCAGACGUCUCACCUCCUCACUAGUCACUAGUGCUAGUCGUUUGUGCCUCAUCGUUCUCGAGACAUACUCCUUUGCUC